AUGUCUUUAGACUCUUCUUACCAAGGACCUGAGAGCUCUUUCGAAGUUCCCACCACCACAUCCCCAAGAGGAUGCUAUUCUGCCUCUUGCCCAGAGAACUGGAUCAGGAACAGAGGGAAGUGUUAUUACAUUUCUACAGAAGUCAGGACUUGGCAAGAGAGUCAAACUGCCUGUCAAAGUAUGAAUUCCAGUCUCCUGAAGAUAGAAGACAGGGAGGAGUUGCAAGUGCAUUCUCUCAUAUUUGAAAUUCUGAUAGUUGUUCUAGGGGGCUAUCCCUUAAAUACCAUCAUCAUCAUCAUCAUCACGUCUUCAUGGUUUGGCUGUGGUUCCAUCCAGGAUUUUCUGAAACUUGUGGUGUCUUAUUAUUGGAUUGGACUGUCUCUGAGCAACUCUAGUGGACCUUGGCUGUGGGAGGAUGGAUCUGGUCUCUCCCAUGACCUGUAA